AUGAAUCAUUUAGAACCUAAACUCUUUGAACAAUACAAACAAUUAGAAAAAGAAGAGGAAAUCCUCAAAGAAAAUCCUCAUCGUUUUGUUCUCUUUCCACUUCAUUAUCCUAAAAUGUGGGAAAUGUACAAAAAGACAAUGGCUUCAUUCUGGACAGUGGAGGAGGUUGAUCUUCACACUGAUAUAACUGAAUGGGAAAAACUCAAUUCUAAUGAACAACAUUUCAUCAAGACAGUGCUGGCCUUCUUUGCAGCCAGUGAUGGAAUUGUCAAUGAAAAUCUAUGUCAACAAUUCAUGGCACAAGUUCAAGUACCAGAAGCAAGAUGUUUCUAUGGAUUUCAAAUUGCCAUUGAAAAUAUUCAUGCUGAAAUGUAUAGUACUCUCAUUGAAACUCUGAUUAAAGACCAAAGAGAAAGAAAUCGUCUAUUUCAUGCCAUUGAUACAGUACCAUCAGUUCAAAAGAAAGCUAACUGGGCAUUGAAAUGGAUUAAUUCUGAGAAUUUGUUUGCUGAAAGAUUGUUGGCAUUUGCAUGUGUGGAGGGAAUUUUCUUCUCUGGAAGUUUUUGUUCAAUUUUCUGGUUAAAGAAACGUGGUCUGAUGCCUGGUUUAUCAUUCUCUAAUGAAUUGAUAUCUCGUGAUGAAGGGUUACAUACAGAUUUCGCAUGUUUACUCUAUUCCACAUUGAAAUACACUAAAUUACCUCAACAAGUAGUUCAUUCACUUGUUUAUGAAGCUGUUGAGAUUGAGAAGGAAUUUAUCAGUGAAAGUUUACCAGUUGAUUUGAUUGGAAUGAAUAGUAGAUUAAUGCAACAAUAUAUUGAAAUGGUUGCUGAUAGAUUGUUGGUUUCUAUUGGAUAUGAAAAGAUUUAUAACUCAUCAAAUCCAUUCGAUUGGAUGAAUAUCAUAUCUGUCAGUGGAAAGACAAACUUUUUUGAGAAGAAAGUUGGAGAAUAUGCCAAGGCAAAUAUAAUGUCCAAUAAGAAAGAUAAGGUUUUCAGAUUGGAUGAUGAUUUUUAA